AUGCUGGUGAACAAUCCGUCCCUGACAAGCAGGGAAGUUCCCGAGACGAUGACUUACCUGAAGGGUAUGACAUUACAGAAGACUAAGACUGGAUUUUUCUCUCCCAGGCUGCGAAACCAUAGGAGAAAGAUUAUUGAAAAGUUCUUGUUCACUAAUGUUCUGCUUGGUUCAUUCGUGAUAGCUAUUCUCUCGAUCUAUUGGGGUGCCACAUACAAGAGGAGCCAUUACAUGUUACAAAGUGGUGUCCUAGCGGUCAUUCAGGAUGAAAGUGAUUUGAUCGAGACUACCAUGUCUGCUAUUCUGCCAGCGUUGAUCGCAGGGAUCCCUUGUACUUGGCAUAUUUUCUCAGCUGCCCAAUUUAGUGAUAGGUACAAUGUGCCAGCGGACCAAAUCGAUGGCAAAGUGAGAAGUUUGAUACACGAUGAAAAAUACUGGAUGGCUCUGAAUGUCAGGGCAAAUGCUACCGAUGCUCUAUAUGAUUCGUUGACUGGAGGUUCCACCCCAUUCAAUUCAACAGAUUACUUCCAGGGGAUAUAUGAAAGUGGUAGAGAUCCAGCUACCGUGAGUUCUGCUAUAGUACCAAAUAUGCGUCAAUUGGAAACUAUCUAUGGUAGUUAUCUGCGAGAUGACUAUCUCCCAAGUUUGUUCGGCAACCUGACUGACUCGAUCUCCUCUGAAAGAAUAAUGGCAGCCUCAGAUCUGAAGUUCAACUAUAUUGACCAAAGACCAUUCUAUGAUGCUCAGAUCUUAGUACCGUUGCAAGUUGGUCUUAUCUAUUGUCUACUGUUGACGUUCUUUCAGUUAUCGCUGUUCGGUCCCCUGCACCGGGAGAUGGCAAAGAUCUUGAAGCCAAAACAUAUGAUUCUUUACAGGAUUGGAAUCGCAUGGCUCACAUAUUUCUUCCUUUCCCUCUUUUUCUGCGCCGUAUCUGCAAUUUUCCAAAUCGACUUUACAAAGGCUUUUGGAAGAGGUGGUUUCAUUGUUUACUGGAUGAGUACUUGGUUACUGAUGAUGGCACUUGGCGGCGCCAAUGAGAACAUGAUCAGUCUAAUCAUUACAUUUGGUCCUCAAUAUUUAGGAUUUUGGUUGAUGACCUGGAUUGUCCUCAACAUAUCCUGCUCGUUCUACCCACUGGUGUUGAACAAUCAAUUUUAUCGCUAUGGUUAUGCUAUGCCUAUUCAUAAUGGUGUCGACAUUUACAAAGUGAUAUUUUUAGAUCUUUCGAAGCACAAGAUGGGUCGCAACUAUGGUAUACUAGUCGCUUGGGUGGCUUUGAACACAGCACUGUUACCAUUUGUACUGAAAACAGUUGGUAAACGUAUGCAGAAGAAGGCAGCUGCGGCAGCUGCUGCGGCUAAUAGAUAA